AUGCUUCGAGGAACCACUUCCACCGGCCCCAAAGUCCCCCUCUUCGGCAACCCCAAGAGACGCAAGCAGAAGCAGCAGCAGGAGCAAGAACAAAAGGACAAAGAAGAGAAGCUCCGUCAACAAGCCCUUGAGGAGGCCGAAUUCGCAACAAAGGCCGAGACAUCAGACUUCCUCCUCUACUACCUUGAGCGAUCCCCCUUCAAGGACCAAUGCGACCAGAUCUCCAUCGCCUGGGAGAACCUACCCAGCCUGAGCGAGCUUGAAUCUUUUGCACGCCUCGAUAAGACCGCCGGUACACAAGCAUGCCGUCGUCUCUUCAAGGCUGUUGUCAUCUGGGAUGACCUUGGUCUCGACCUCUGGGAAACCCUCAACAGCACCUUUCGCCCUGAGUCUGACGAGGAGGACAGCGAUGAUGACUUCCUCGACCAGAUCCGUGAGGAGCCUUGCGGCUGGGACAGCCCCAGAAGAUCACGCUCCCGCGCCAGCUCAAGAACAUCCGCCUCCGAUACGCAAGCAUCUGAGCGCUCUCGACAGGUCUCAGCCGACCGUCAAGACAAGCGAAGUGGCAGCCGCGACUCGCGCAAGACAACUGCAACAAGAGAUCAGAGCCUCAACGGCAGAGCGCCUCCCAGGAGACCUAUGGGUCUUCAGGGCGGUAUGAUCAGCGAGUACUACGACAGCCCUUCGCGGUAUCGCGUACCCAAGAUUGUGCGAGUGCUGUAA